AUGUCUGAACCUGUUGCUCUGCGUAGUAUCAAGAGAUUGGGAGAGGAUAACUAUGCUUUUGAUUUGGAUGGAAAAUGUAACAGCUUCAAGAAAUCAGAGAAUUUCCAGAUAUAUGAAGAACCUUUUCUAGAGAAGAAAAGUGAAAAGUCAUCAGAAAAGAAAGAAAACAGUAUUCGUGUUGGCUUCUUUCAGCUGUUUAGAUUUUCUUCAUCUAAGGAGAUUUUGUUGAUGGCUGUUGGUAGUUUAUGUGCUAUUGCUCAUGGAGUAGCCCAACCAGCUGUGUUGCUUGUCUUUGGUGCAAUGGCAGACACAUUUAUUGAAUAUGACAUUGAAAUGCAAGAGCUUAAAGACCCAAACAAGACAUGUGUAAAUAACACUGUAGCGUGGAUUAAUGGUACUAUUCAUCACAAUGAAAAGAAUGCCACAAUAAGUUGUGGGCUGCUGGACAUUGAAAAAGAAAUGACCAGGUUUGCAGGCUACUAUGCAGGAAUUGGCUGUGCCAUACUUGUAUUAGGAUACCUCCAGAUCUGCUUUUGGGUUAUGUCUGCAGCUCGUCAGAUACAGAAAAUCAGGAAAGCUUAUUUCAGGAAAGUAAUGCGAAUGGAUAUAGGCUGGUUUGACUGUACAUCUGUAGGAGAACUGAAUACCCGAAUUUCUGAUGAUGUUAACAAAAUUAAUGAGGCUAUUGCUGACCAAGUAGCAAUUUUUAUCCAGCGCAUAACCACCUUUGUGUGUGGAUUCCUACUGGGAUUUGUCAGUGGCUGGAAAUUGACCUUGGUUAUCAUUGCAGUCAGCCCUCUGCUUGGGGCUGGAGCAGCUGUCUAUGGCUUGGCUGUGGCAAAACUAACAGGCCAAGAAUUAAAGGCUUAUGCUAAAGCUGGAGCUGUGGCUGAUGAAGUACUCUCAUCCAUCAGAACAGUGGCUGCUUUUGGUGGGGAGAAGAAAGAAGUUGAAAGAUAUGAUAAGAAUCUGGUGUUUGCUCAGCACUGGGGAAUUAGAAAAGGAAUAAUAAUGGGAUUAUUCACUGGUUACAUGUGGCUUAUAAUUUUCCUGUGUUAUGCAUUAGCCUUUUGGUACGGCUCUAAACUUGUCCUUGAAGAUGAAGAGUAUUCACCUGGCACUCUUCUGCAGGUAUUCUUUGGUGUUUUAGUAGGAGCAUUAAAUCUUGGCCAGGCAUCUCCCUGUCUGGAAGCCUUUGCCACUGGACGUGGGGCUGCAGCAAAUAUUUUCGAGACAAUAGAUAAAAAACCCACCAUUGACUGCAUGUCAGAGGACGGCUACAAGCUGGAUAAAGUACGAGGUGAAAUUGAAUUUCAUAAUGUAACAUUCCAUUAUCCCUCCAGACCAGACAUAAAGAUUUUGGAUAACCUUAAUAUGGUUAUUAAAGCAGGGGAGACAACAGCUUUUGUUGGAGCUAGUGGAGCUGGAAAAAGUACAACAAUACAGCUCAUCCAGCGUUUCUAUGACCCCACUGAUGGCAUGAUUACCCUGGAUGGCCAUGACAUUCGUUCCCUGAAUAUCCAGUGGCUACGCUCACAGAUUGGUAUUGUUGAACAAGAGCCAGUGCUGUUUGCCACCACGAUUGCAGAGAACAUACGCUAUGGUCGGGAUGAGGCUACCAUGGAAGACAUAAUCAGAGCAGCCAAACAGGCCAAUGCUUACAAUUUCAUCAUGGACUUACCACAGAAAUUUGACACUCAUGUUGGAGAGGGUGGAAGCCAGAUGAGUGGAGGUCAAAAACAGAGGAUAGCUAUUGCUCGAGCUUUGGUGCGAAACCCCAAAAUCCUGCUACUGGAUAUGGCUACAUCAGCACUUGAUAAUGAAAGUGAAGCUAUCGUCCAAGAAGCACUUCAUCAGGCUCGCCUUGGUCGCACAGCGAUCUCGAUAGCUCACCGCCUGUCAGCCAUCAAAGCUGCCGAUGUCAUCAUUGGGUUUGAGCAUGGAAGGGCUGUAGAGAGAGGAACUCAUGAGGAACUCUUGCAGAGGAAGGGGGUUUAUUUCACGUUGGUGACCUUGCAAAGCAAAGGGGAGACAGCAGCUAAUAGAGAAGCAACCAAAACAGAGAAUAAUGUGGUUGAGCCAAAUCUUGAGAAAGUCCAGUCGUUCAAGAGAGGAAGCUAUCGGGCCAGCUUGCGAGCUUCACUUCGGCAGCGCUCGAGAUCGCAGCUCUCUAAUGUGGUCCCUGACCCUCCGUUAUCUAUUGGAGGAGAUCAUGCAGAGUCUACGUAUGUUACACCUUCUCAUGGAGAAGAUGAUGGAAAAGCAGAACAGGAACCUGCUGUGGAGGAAGAUGCCAAGCCUGUACCAUUUAGCAGAAUUUUGAAAUACAAUGCCUCUGAAUGGCCAUACCUGGUGCUUGGAUCUCUGGCAGCAGCUAUGAACGGAGCAGUCAAUCCACUCUAUGCUUUGUUAUUCAGUGAGAUUCUUGGGACCUUCUCCAUUCUUGAUGAAGAAAAACAAAAAGUCCAGAUCAAUGGUGUCUGCGUGCUCUUUGUCUUAGUCGGAGUUCUUUCAUUUUUCACACAGUUUCUACAGGGAUACACCUUUGCCAAGUCUGGUGAGCUGCUUACAAGACGGUUAAGGAAAAUUGGUUUCCAGGCUAUGCUAGGGCAAGACAUUGGUUGGUUUGAUGACAGGAAGAACAGCCCUGGUGCUUUGACUACAAGACUUGCAACAGAUGCCUCACAGGUCCAAGGGGCAACUGGAUCGCAGAUAGGAAUGAUUGUCAAUUCCUUUACUAACAUUGGAGUGGCUAUGAUCAUUGCUUUCUACUUCAGCUGGAAACUGAGUUUAGUUAUACUGUGUUUCCUGCCAUUUUUGGCCUUAUCUGGAGCUGUGCAGGCUAAAAUGCUGACAGGAUUUGCCUCGCAGGACAAGAAAGCACUGGAAGCUACUGGACGGGUAAUGCUAUUUAAAGACUAAUUUAUAUCUGCAGUCACGGGUAGUUGAAAAAUCAGGCAUUUGGGACCAUCACAAAUGUUUAUCAACAAUUUUGAGAAGAAUCUGGAUAUGCCCUAUAGAGCUGCAAUCAAAAAAGCACAUGUUUAUGGACUCUGCUUUGGCUUUGCCCAAAGCAUAGUGUUCAUUGCCAAUGCUGUCUCUUACAGAUAUGGAGGAUUUCUAGUUGACAAUGAAGGACUCCAUUACAGCUUUGUGUUCAGGGUGAUCUCUGCUAUUGUCACCAGUGGAACUGCCUUGGGAAAAGCUUCUUCCUAUACCCCUAACUAUGCCAAAGCCAAAACAUCUGCUGCACGCUUUUUUCAGCUGGUUGAUCGAAUUCCUAAAAUCAGUGUUUACAGUGAAAAAGGAGAAAAAUGGGAUGAUUUCAAGGGAAGCAUUGAAUUUCUUAACUGUAAAUUCACAUACCCUACUCGGCCUGAUAUUCAGGUCCUGAAAGGACUCUCUAUAGCUGUCAAGCCUGGACAGACUUUGGCAUUUGUUGGAAGUAGUGGCUGUGGUAAGAGCACCAGUGUCCAACUUCUGGAGCGUUUCUAUGACCCUGAGAAAGGAAGUGUGUUAAUAGAUGGACACGACUCUAAGAACAUAAACGUACGGUUUCUUAGAUCACAAAUAGGAAUAGUGUCACAGGAGCCGGUGCUAUUUGACUGCAGCAUUGCUGAUAAUAUCAAAUAUGGCAGUAACAUGAAAGAGGUGCCGAUGGACAAAGUCAUAGAAGCAGCCCAGAAGGCUCAACUGCAUGAUUUUGUCAUGUCCCUGCCUGAGAAAUAUGAAACUAAUGUUGGGGCUCAGGGUUCCCAGCUGUCUCGUGGGCAAAAGCAGCGCAUUGCCAUAGCGAGGGCCAUCAUACGAGAUCCUAAAAUUUUAUUACUGGAUGAAGCUACAUCUGCCUUAGACACAGAAAGUGAAAAGACUGUGCAGGCAGCCCUGGAUAAGGCCAGAGAAGGGCGUACCUGCAUCGUCAUUGCCCACCGCCUGUCCACCAUCCAGAACGCUGACAUCAUCGCCGUCAUGUCGCAAGGACUCGUCAUUGAGAGGGGCACUCAUGAUGAACUGAUGGCCAUGGAAGGAGCCUAUUGGAAGCUUGUUACCACUGGAGCCCCAAUUAGCUGA